AUGACUUAUCAUCAUCACCAUUCACCACACGAAGAAUUCCUUACACCAAACCCAAAUCUCCUCCCUCCGUCCAUGCGCUAACUGCAACUGCAUGGCUCUACCGUCCGAACCUCACCGCCGCCGCAACAACAACAACCAAAUCUCCUCUUUCCUUCAAUCCACCGCUUCAAAUUUCAUUUCUCUCUUCAACUCACACAAUCCUCCUUCACCUCCAUUUUCACCUCAACCACCUUCCUCAAUCUCUCUCCCUCUCUUCUUCGCGCCACCUCUCUCCACCGCCGAGUCAACUCAUCCUUCCGCUAAAUCGGUGAGAGUUUCGAGACUCAAUUCCAAUGGCAAAGGCGGUGGUAGUGGUGGUGGUGGUCCCGCUUUUGUUGGUCAGGUUUUCAGUAUGUGUGACCUCUCUGGUACUGGUCUCAUGGCUGUUUCUACUCACUUUGAUCUUCCCUUCAUCACCAAAAGAACCCCAAAGUGGCUGAAAAACAUGUUUGCAGCAAUCACCAAGAGUGAGAGGAACGGCCCUGUAUUUCGCUUUUUUAUUGAUUUAGGAGAUGCAGUUUCAUAUGUCAAAAAACUGAAUGUUCCAAGUGGCGUGGUGGGUGCCUGCCGUCUUGAUUUAGCAUAUGAACAUUUCAAGGAAAAGCCUCACAUGUUCCAAUUUGUUCCGAAUGAGAAGCAGGUCAAGGCAGCCAAUAAACUUCUGAAGACAAUCCCACACAAUGGUGUCAGGAAAAAGGUCGAUGGGGUGCCUGUGUUUAGUGCUCAGAACUUGGAUAUUGCAAUAGCAACUACAGAUGGGAUUAAAUGGUAUACUCCCUACUUCUUCGACAAAAACAUGCUUGAUAACAUUCUUGAAGAAGCUGUCGAUCAACAUUUCCAUACAUUAAUCCAAACUCGGCACAUUCAGCGGCGGCGAGAUGUGGUUGAUGACAACUUGGCAGCAGAAGUGAUUGAGGAAAUUGGAGAUAGUUUAGGGGAACCUCCAGAGGUUCAAGAAGUGCUUGAUGAAAUGGGCCAUCCUAGUAUACCACUGAGUGUUAUUUCUAAAGCUGCAGAACUCCAGUUCCAUUAUACCGUUGACAAAGUACUCUUGGGUAAUAGGUGGUUGCGGAAAGCGACAGGCAUACAACCAGAAUUUCCAUAUAUGGUUGAUUCAUUUGAAAGAAGAAGUGAAGCAUCUUUUCUGAGACUUACAGAGUCAAGCAACUGCGUUGAUAACCCUAAUGUCGAAAUUGAUUCUAAACAAACUGAAUGUGCAGACUCUUCUGAAUAUAAUUUAGAUGGUAGCACCGAAGCAGCCCAAGACCAUCAUUCCAAAUUAAGGCUACCUUUUGGUAAUUGGUUCCAUCAUCCAAACUCAAAACACUCCCAUGAAAAAGUAGGGUUAUCAAGAAAAGAUGUAAAUAAAGAAGAUUUGAAACAAAACACUUUUCUUCCGAAAAUUACGAUGGUUGGUCUCUCUACAGAAGAAGCAGGCCAUAUGAGCAAAUCGAGUUUGAAAAAGACAAUGGAUGAUUUGACAAAAGAGUUGGAGAAGACAGAACUUGAUGAUAUAACUGGUGGUGGUAGUGAUGAAUGCAAAGUCGAAGAUAGAGAUCCACUAUUUGUAGCAAAUGUAGGUGAUUAUUAUUCUAGUGUUGGAAGGACAGGAACCCCUCGUUGGAUUCGGGGAGGAUCGAACUAAAGCCUGCACGGUGACCGUUUCUCAUUUUGGUCGCGAAAACUCAAGAAGUACUCGUUGGAUUUGAGGAGAGUGUAACUAAAACCUUUUUGUUGUCAAGAAGAAUUUUUCAUUUGGAGGUAUAGUUUUGGAUAUUUAUUGGUGUCUCCAAAUAAGAUUGGGAAAAUCAGGUUACUGUUUAACAAUGAUAAAAUGUUGGCGGUUGAAAUAUUAUCUCCUUUGGAGUGUAUACUAAAGCUGGAUGGUCAAGCUUGAGCUUAUGUCCUGAUCAGAAUGUUGUACAUCAUUAUCUAUGUAAUUUAUCAAUGUUUUCCCAUUUUUCUGAAUUCUGGGAAGUUAAAUAAAACUUGUGUUACAAAAUAA